AUGAGGGUGAUGCUGGCUGAGGGCUGGCCCCCUUGGGGAGUUCGGGGCAUUGGAGAACUGUCCUUGGCAAUACCACCACACCCGGGCUUGAGCAGGAACCUGUUGUUUCAGGAGCCAGUGACCUUUGAGGACGUGGCCGUGUACUUCACCCAGAAUGAAUGGGUUAUCCUGGACCCUUCACAGAGGGCUCUGUACCGGGAGGUGAUGCUGGAGAAUUAUGCAAAUGUGGCUUCCCUGGCUUUUCUAUUCACCAGACCUGUUCUGGUCUCCCAGCUAGAGCGAGGGGAACUACCAUGGGGCCUGGAACCCUGGGAGCCUGCAGGCAGGGAAGCCCUCAGAGGCAUCUGUCCAGGGGGUGAGACCAGAGCUGAGAAGGAAGAAUCAACUCCAAAGGAACACAUUUCUAAAGAAACGGAGUCCCACAGACUGACAUUAGGAGGGCUGCCAGGGAAUGUUCCCCAGCGCCUGGACUUUGGGAGCAGCCCAGAGCAGCAGCAUGGUCACUGGGUAGCUAAGAAGGCCAAGUCGAACAGGAGAGAUUUCACAGAUGGGCCAGCCAGCCAUCACGAGGCCUGCACUGUCGGGAGUGGGGAGCAGUGUGAGAAAUCUGGGGAAAACGUUAGUGUCAGCACGCAACUCAGUACGGAUCAGACAGUUCCUAGUGGUCAGCUAUCAUACGAAUGUAGAAAAUGUGGCAGAUACUUUAGUCGAGUGGCGGAUUUUCAGGGAUGUCACACUGGUGAAAGGUCUUUCAAAUGCAAAGAAUGUGGAAAAGCCUUCAGAUACAACUCAUUACUUAUUCGGCAUCAGGUAAUUCAUACUGGAAAGAAACCAUUUAAAUGUAAAGAAUGUGGGAAAGGUUUAAGUUCAGACACGGCCUUGAUUCAGCAUCAGAGAAUCCACACUGGAGAGAAACCCUUUGAAUGUAAGGAGUGUGGCAAGGCCUUCAUUAGCAGUUCUGUUUUCCUCCAGCACCAGAGGUUCCACACUGGGGAGAAACUCUAUGAAUGUAACGAAUGUUGGAAGACUUUCAGUUGUAGCUCAAGCUUUAUCGUCCAUCAGCGACGCAUUCACACCGGGGAGAAACCUUUUGAAUGUAAGGAGUGUGGGAAGGCCUUCAGUCAGAAAAUCACCCUGGUCCAGCACGAGCGAGUUCACACUGGUGAGAAACCGUACGAGUGUGAGGUGUGUGGGAAAACCUUCAGCUGGUGUGGGCGAUUCACUCUGCAUCGGAAACUACACACACAGAAGAUACCUGUGCAAGACAGCGCAGAGGCUGCAGCGGCGGCAGCGGGAGAGGCACCAGCCAAAGAGCAGGCCGGCAGCGGCCCGCCGCAGCCCCGCCUCUUCCGCGCGGCCGGCCGGGUCACGUGGUCCGGGCCGCGGGGACCACAGAGACGGGAUGCCUCCGCGCGGCCUAGAGGGGCGCUGGGCGCUUGCGCUCGCUUCCGCAUCGGCUUGCCUCUACCAGCUUUCCGGUGUUCGGAGAGGGAGAGCGUGGGUUCCAGCGAGGUCUACGUGCAAGGUCCGCCCGGCAUCGGCUUCCUCGUUUUCCCUGGCGGCUCGUCAGCGCCCCCCACCCCUGAACUCGGGCCCAGUGUCGGCUCAUCCCCCCUCCCUGACUCGGAGCUCGGGCGCUUGGGCCUCGCAGAAGCCGCCCGAGGUGGCCGCGCGGCCUUCUAG